AUCCAUCAUGUGAAAUUGACAGUUUUGACAUCAACUGUCACUUUCUAAAUUUGUACAUGCCUAAUUCGUAGGUUAAUAUAUUAAAUUGUAAAUUAAAAAUGAACACGAAAACCAAAUUAAUAGAAAAAAACGGUUCGUCAAAUCCUCCCCCAACGUCAGUUUGGACUAGAACUUUUACCUCUAAUUCAGAAUGGCCAGAUAAGGAAGAAUUUUUAGAUGUUAUAUAUUGGGCUCGACAGGCUUUGGGUAUUGUACUCGGAAUAUUUUGGGGAUUAAUACCGCUAAAAGGUCUCAUAGGACUGGUUUUGUUUGCUGUAAUUAAUGCUGGUGUUAUUUAUUUUUACUUUGGUAGUUUUCAAAAUGUAGACGAGGAUGAAUAUGGAGGAGCCUGGGAAUUAACUAAAGAAGGUUUCAUGACUUCCUUUGCAGGGUUUUUGGUUACAUGGAUUAUAAUUUAUUCUGGUUUGUAUUACGAAGUGGAUAAGUUCUCGUAAAAGAAGAUACUUUUUAAUAUACCCUUUCAUUCCGCAUAU